AUGCGUGAUUACUUGCAACCUCCUCGAAAUUCUGCUCCUUCAUGUUUCAUUUUCCCUCUUAAUGUUAAUAAUUUUUUAUUCAAGCCAGAUAAAGCAAAAAAUUGGCUUAACUCGUUAAAACCUAGGUUUAUUGGCACAUGGCAAGAAAUGCAAAAAAGAUUUAAAGAUUUGUUAAAUACAUGCCCACAUCAUGGUUUUGAAAAAUGGCGUACUAUAAGUUUCUUUUAUGAGGGCCUAGCUCCCGAGAUAAACCAAUUCGUAGAAACGAUGUGCAAUGGUAAAUUUUUAAAUAAAGAUCCAGAUGAAGCUUUAGAAUUUCUAGAUCAUCUAGCUGAAAAUUCUCAAUCUUGGCAAAUAGUAAAACCUAUUGAAAACUCAAUCAGAUCUAGUCUUGCUAGUUCUAGUGGAAGAAAAUAUCAAUUGAGUCAAGAUGAUGAUCUAAAUGCUAGGAUUGCUAGUUUGUCUGGAAAGGUUGAAGCUAUGGAAUUAAGGAAAGUAAAGGAAGUUAAACCCGUGCAAACUGAUGAAAUUUGUAGCAUUUGUGAAACUUUUGGCCAUCUUACGCAUGAUUGUCCUAACAUCCCAGUUUUCAAAGAAGUUUUACAUGAUCAAGCCAAUGCUAUGAAUACUUUCAAAAAGCCUUUUCCUUAUCCUUACUCAAAAACAUAUAAUCAACAAUGGAGAAAUCAUCCAAGCUUUAGUUGGAAAGAUGAUAAUUGUGUUCAUCUAUCACAACCUCAAGUGCUUUCAAAAUUUCCUUCUUUUCCAUCACCACAAUCAAAGACUCUUGAGGAAACAUUGCAGUCUUUUAUGCAAGGACAAGCAAAUAUUAAUAAUCAAACUUCACAAGCCAUCAGUGAAAUCAAGAGCACACUUUCUUCAUUGACCUCUUCUUUGCGUUCUCAAGAGAAAGGUAAAUUUCCUGGUCAACCUCAACCAAAUCCUUCUGGGCAAUUUAAUGUAAAUGCUUCUAGUUCCUCUGAAAGUCAACAAGAAAAUGCCAACUCCAUUACGACUCUUCGUAGUGGAAAAAUUAUUGACAAAACCAUCCCUUUAAAAGAACUAAAAUCGGGUGGGACUUCAAAGCAAGAAAAUGAUGUUUCCAAAAGUGAGGAAAAAAUCAUUUCUGAACCUAGUACUGAAAAAUGUCCCCUUCCAGGUCCAUUUCCUCAACGAUUAAAGCAUUUUUUGACAAAGAAUGUAAGCUCAAUCAUUCAACAAAACACUCCACCUAAAUUCAAAGAUCCUGGUUUUCCAACAAUUUCUUGUGUGAUUGGGAAUAAUAGGAUAGAGCGUGCUUUGCUUGAUCUUGGUGCUCGUAUUAAUAUAUUACCUUUUUCUGUGUAUGAGCAACUUGGUUUUGGAGAGCUUAAACAAACAGCAACAAUACUUCAACUUGUUGAUCGUUCAGUAAAAGUUCCAAUAGGGGUUGUAGAGGAUGUUCUAGUUCAAAUUGAUAAAUUCUAUUAUCCUAUUGAUUUUAUAGUUUUGGACACACAUCCUGUUUUAAAUUCAAAUGCACAAACACCUGUCAUUUUAGGACGUCCCUUUCUUGCUACUUCAAAUGCUAAUAUAAAUUGUAGAAAUGGAGAAAAAGACAAGUGUGUUUCUUUUAUUGUCAUUUUUUUCACUAAUGAAAUUGAAGGUUCAUUUAGGCUAAGUUUAUGCAGACUUUCCAGGGGAUGCUGCUUUGAUUUAGUUGAAGCUUGUUCAUGUUAG